UUUUUUUUUUCCUUACAGUGAGUUUGUGAAGAACUAUCGAUCGUCCCCCCCCCCCCCCCCCUCGCCAAUCUCCAAGAGUAAACCAGUAAUGGAUCUCUCUCCUGUUACCGAUGCUUUAGCCGUCAAAUCCUUUGAUAAAAUCGCCGACAUCUGCGAUACUCUCAUGCUUCAGGUUGCUGCCGAAGGAAUCUCAUUCCAUGAUGACUGGCCUUACGCAAUCCAUCUUCUCGGUUACUUCUACCUUGACGAUUGUGAUAGUGCACGUUUCCUAUGGAAAACAAUACCUGCAAGUGUGAAGGAGAGCAAGCCUGAAGUUGCUGCUGCUUGGAGGAUUGGUCAGAAGCUCUGGACACGUGACUAUGCUGGUGUACAUGAAGCUAUCCGGGGUUUUGAUUGGAGUCAAGAUGCUAAAGAUAUGGUUGCUGCUUUCUCAGAUGUUUACACAAAAAGGAUGUUUCAGCUUUUGUUGUCUGCCUACUCCACAAUUACCAUCCGUGAUUUGGCUCUUUUCCUAGGGAUGGCAGAAGAUGAUGCCACUACUUGUAAGCUUUCUUUUUCUGAAAUUUCCUCGGCCUCAUCAGUUCUACUUUGGGACAAUACUCGCAAUGUCAUAGCUUAGAUCAACCAUCUUUGUGUCGGAGACAGAACAGUGUAAAGAUGAUCAAUUAGUUAGUCAUAAUCCUUUACCGUUUUUUAUACUUAAUCA